AUGGCCACAGCUACAGUUCAAGACGACAUCACAGUCAUCCACCUCACUCCCCAAGAACUCAACACCAAACAACUAGGCUCCCACAACCUGCAAGCCGCAGUCGAAGCGCUGCAUCGCGAUGGCAUCGUCGUCCUCAACAACGCCGUCAACGCGGCACACCUCGACAAACUCAACAAGCGCAUGGUCCCCGAAGCCCAAGCCCUGUACGCCCGCGAGACCACGCACCGCAACUUCGGUUCGUCGACGGGCAAUAUCCAGCAAGAACCCGUGCUAGAACAAGGAUACAUCUUCCCCGACAUCAUCGCCAACCCCUUCGCUGCGCAAGCCGUAGAAUGCAUGCUAGGCCCCAACCCAGCCCUGCGAUUCUACAGCGCGAACACCGCUUUCAAAGCCACGGGCCGCCAACCGCCGCAUAUUGAUGUCGAGUUUGAUUUCCCGCGCGGCGUCCCCUUUGGCUACUGUGUCAAUAUCAAUUUGGUUGAUACAUCGCCGCAGAAUGGCGCUACUGAGGUCUGGCCGGGCUCGCAUCUUGCUACGACUGUCGAGCAUGUGUCAGACACCGAACCGGGAAUUAAAAGAGAGCUCGUGGAGGCACGGAGGAAGAUUCGUCCCCCCGUUCAGCCGACCUUGCCCAAGGGUUCUCUGGUGAUCAGAGACAUGCGUCUGUGGCAUGCUGGGCGGCCCAACCAGACCGAUGAGCCGAGAGUCAUGCUGGUGACUGUCCUGUUUCCGAAGUGGUACAGGAGUAACCUGGAGGUUGUGCUGCCGGAGACUGUGAAGGGGACGAUCGAUUGGGCUUCGGUUGAUCCAAAGGUGAAAUGGGUGUCUGAUGAUUAUGAUUACCUACAGGGUGCGCACGAUCAUGACUUUGCUUUAUUGCCUUGA